GCCUAUCGACUUAACACAUACCCGUCCAACCCACCACCAUGCAUAUCCUGUCACAUCUCAGGGAGGCCCCUCGAGAGAAAAAAAAACACACAUCUGCUCUAGCGCUUCUGCUAAGCGGUCCGACCCCCCUCCUCCUCCUCUCUGCUCUCCUCCCCUCCCCUCCGGUCCCAACAGCACCUCGCUCAUAAGUACCCGGUCAGUGCCCGCGCGAGCGUGGCGUGAUACAAAUCCUAGCCCUUCUCCUUUCUCUCCCUUUCCUCCCAUACGGCUGGAUGAGGCUGGCUCACAUUCUUCAACGGUCGUCCCACGUCGUACCACCCAGAACCAAAGCGCCGGCUCGCGGCUAGUAUCUAGUCAGUAAACGAACCAGUUCUCGCCCUCUCUCCCUUCGCCGUCUCGCCUGCUGCAAGUCAUCAUGGCCGCGGCUCCCACCACCGACGUGUUCCCGCUGGAGACGGACGGACCAUGGAACGACAGUAGCGACAGCGGGUCCGGCUCGGCCAACUCGGGCGGCGGCAUCGACGACUCGGCUGGCGCGUCGGGAAGCAGCCCUGGCGUCGUGCAGAUCUCCCACGAGGCUAUGAUCGCGAUAAUAGUCGUCGUCGCAGUUGUCUGCAUGCUAGGCAUCUCCAUGGCGGUGCUCUUCUACUUGGCUAAAAAGAGGGAGUGGAAGGUUAGGGAGAGCAUCCGGCGCUCGGCGAGGAGGGUGGUCACGGCUCUCACACCCCGUCGGUCCGAAUUCCCCAAGUCGGCCAAGGGUUCGUCGAGCAAUUCGUCUCGCGGCCGUGUUCGCCUAGACGAUGUGCCGCCGACGCCGAAACUCCGAGCUGAAGAUAUCGAGAAAGGCCUUGCCAAGGGAAGCAUUCGGCAGAGCCCUGAAGGGAGAGGCCACAGGUGGACCAGGAAGUAAAUGCAGGCGAGCGUCGGCAAUCUAGAGGGGGUAGGCAUUGGCAGCCAACACGGACGGUGUGGGAUGGUAUUCGGGGUAGCAUGGGUUGUUUU